UUACUUUUAUGGAUUCAGAUUGCUUAAAUUCGUCGCAAUUGUGGCAAGCAUGUGCUGGUAGUAUGGUAAAAAUGGCUGGAGUUAAUUCGAUAGUGUUCUACUUUCCUCAAGGACACGCAGAACACGCGGGUGUAAGUGUGGAAUUUACGAGUGACAUUAGGAUUCCAUCAUACAUUCCUUGUAGAGUUUCGGGUAUUAAAUACAUGGCAGAACAUGAAACUGAUGAGGUUUUUGCAAAAAUUAGUUUGACACCUGUUAGUCCUAAUGAAGUUAUCGAAAUUUCUGAUGAUGGAAUGGUUGUGAAAAUUGGGUCUGAUAACUCAGAUAAUAAACCUCUUUCAUUUGCUAAGACAUUGACACAAUCAGAUGCUAAUAACGGUGGAGGUUUUUCUGUUCCGAAAUAUUGUGCAGAUAGGAUUUUUCCUCCAUUGGAUUACACUGCAAAUCCUCCUGUUCAGACCCUCUUAGCAAAGGAUAUUCAUGGGAAGAUAUGGAAAUUCAGACAUAUUUAUCGAGGGACACCAGAACGUCAUCUUUUAACAACCGGUUGGAGUACAUUUGUGAACGGAAAAAAACUUGUUGCAGGUGAUUCCAUUGUGUUUGUGAGAGCUGAAAAUGACGAGAUUUAUGUAGGCAUUCGAAGGAUAAAAAAGAAAAGUGUUGUUCCAAUUGAACCUGAGACUUCUCCCUGGUGGAUUCCAUCUGUUGGUAACUAUACAAUACCACGCGGAAGGUUUUCAGCUUUUCUAAGAGAUGAUCAGAAUACAAAUUACUCGAGUUGGGACAGAGGAAAGGUGAAAGCAGAAUCAGUUAUUGAAGCUACGAAUAUGGCAACUAAUAGACAACCAUUUGAGGUUAUCUUUUAUCCGCGCAGUAGAACUCCAGAGUUCUUUGUCAAGGCGUCACGUGUGAAGGCAGCGUUGCAAAUUCCUUGGUGCUCAGGAAUGAGGUUCAAAAUGCCCUUUGAAACUGAAGACUCAGUGAUAAGUUGGUUCAUGGGAACUAUAUCUUCUGUCCAGGCCAUCGAUCCCACUCGAUGGCCUGUUUCACCUUGGAGGAUUCUUCAGGUGACAUGGGACGAGCCAAAUUUGCUUCAUAAUGUGAAGUGUGUCAACCCAUGGCUAGUGGAAUUAGUCUCAAACAUGCCCACUAUCAACUUUACUCCUUACACAUCCCCACUAAAGAAAUUUCGAUUAUCUCACCAUUCAGAUUUUCCUUUAGAUGGUCAUCUUCCUAUGAAGAGUUUUCUCGGCAACCACCUAAAUUUUACUCUAGAUGCUCAUCUUCCUAUGUCAGGUUUUCCGAACAAUCAUCUUCUUACGCCCAAUGGCCCCUUUGGUUAUCUUACUAACGACACCCCUGUUGGCAUGCAGGGAGCCAGGCAUGCUCCAUAUAGUUUAUCAUUACCUAUCGGUUUUCCAUCACUUCAUCAUGUUGUUUCAAACCCUAGCACCUCCAAUAAUACCAUGAUUCCCAAGCCAAGUAACAACAAUGAUAUAUCUUGUUUGCUAACCCUUGGAAGUUCCACCCAAACUGAGAAGAAAUUUGAUUGUGAAAAAACACCACAAUUCGUACUCUUUGGUCAACCCAUAGUUAUUGAACAACAAAUAUCUCUAAGCAAUUCAAGAAAUAGUGUUUCUCCAGUUCGUACAACGAAUAGUGGGAAUGAAUGUAAAAAAGAGAAUAUCUCUGAUUCCUCAGAUACUACAUUUGAUCACAAUAGUCUACCAGAUCGCUUACCAAGCGAAUCAGUUCAGUCAGAGCAAAAUGUGGAGAUUGGACAUUGUAAAGUUUUCAUCGAAUCAGAAGAUGUAGGACGAACAUUGAAUUUAUCAUCGUUGGGAUCCUAUGACAAGUUAUCUAUAGAGUUAUCAAAUAUGUCAGGCAUUGAAAUCUCAAAAAUGCUUAAUCAUGUGAUUUACCGAGAUAUAAUUGGUGCGGUAAAACAACUUGGUGAUGAACCAUUUAGGGAUUUCACGAAAACGGCACGGAGAUUAACAAUUCUAACGGAUGCAAACAAUGAUAAUAUAAGACUUCGUGAGUAGAGAGAAUAAGGAAGAUCUCUGCUUUGUUAUCAAACUGUGUAAUGUGAGCGCUAUUAUGCUACUUUUCAGUCCAAAUCUCCUUUGUCUUGACCAGUAUGUUUACUAGGUUCAACGAUUAUUUUGAGUUUUGUUUUCAGACAAUACCUACCACGAACAAGAUAGAUAUUUUUUUGUAUGCUUUGUAGGCUAAAGUUAUGCUACUUUUAGCUCCUUUUACUAAUGGUGGAAACUAUAUCUCGUUUUUCAAUCUAA